ACCCUCCUUCUGUCACUCAACACCACGGUAUCCCCUCCUUGCUUGGCAUCAGACUGGUGUGUGUGCCGACCUUGUUCCAGCGACGAACUACCCGAAAGCCAGCUGUUUACAGCGAAUACAUUUCUGGCAAAAGCCACCGGUCCGGCACGCAUUUUAUCAUCUCGUACGGGCUUUGGUAGUAGCCGUAUAUUUUACCGUCAAAAUGAGUCAGGAUGUGAUGGGGUGCUGCCCUGCUACCGCUAGCUAGGCGGACAAAUUCCUUCAACCAGCUUGCUGUUUCAAUCACUGCGGGUUGACACAACAUUAGCCGAGGCGUUUUUAAGUGAGCUAGCGGGCUAUCAAAGCUGCUCUCGUGGUCGUUACGUGUAAUUUAGCCAAAGGAAGCUAAUGUAACUUAGCUAGUUAGCUACUUAGAAAACGGGCGCAUUGCUGCGGCGUAGUGCAACAACGGUUAUCACUCUAAUCUUAGCAACAAGCAAGGACGACUACUUUUUCUAACGUGAAAUAGCUUGCUAGCUAACGUUGGUGAGACUGCACAGAAAACAACUGUUAUGGGAUUGGAUGUCGCGACACUGCAGCUUUGAACCACUUUUGGCGGAUUGGGAAGAUAGAAUUGGACCACAGUGACAGAAGAAAAUAUAGAUUUGGACCACCAAUUAACAGUGGCUGUUAAUGAUUAAAUCUGGUGUUAGGUGGCUAAUCCGCGGCAGUUGCAGUCAUUUUAACAUUAACGCUAGCAGUAUUAAGGCAGAGCAUCUCGGGGAGGCCCCACCGUCUCUUGACUCCCUCCCCUGUCCGAAUCUCCCGUGAUUUGACGAGAACACCCCGGUUAAGUCGCAGUUGUUCUCGGCUGGGGGGACAACUUGACAGCGAGGCCCAUAGCUAGUAUCCCCUCCCCCAGUCCCGUCCAUCCAUCCGUCCAGCCCAACAGACCACCUCCACGCCAAAGAUCUAAGCGAGGACCGGGGAUUCGGGAUAAGCUGAAACCGUGUGUCGGGUCCCGUCUUAACCGGGCUGCCAAAACCAGAGGGGAUGACUCUGGAGUCCAUGAUGGCUUGCUGCCUUAGCGAAGAGGCGAAGGAGUCGAAACGAAUCAAUGCAGAAAUUGACAAACAACUCCGCCGAGAUAAGCGAGACUCUAGGAGAGAGCUGAAAUUACUUCUUCUCGGUACGGGAGAAAGUGGCAAGAGCACCUUCAUCAAGCAGAUGAGGAUCAUUCAUGGAGCUGGGUACUCAGACGAAGAUAAGAGAGGCUUCAUCCGGCUUGUUUACCAAAACAUCUUCACCUCCAUGCAGUCCAUGAUCCGCGCCACUGAGACUCUUAAGAUCCCCUACAAAUUUGAACAGAAUCGGUCUAAUGCCAUGCUCGUGAAGGAGGUGGACAUUGAGAAGAUCAAUGGGUUUGACUAUCCCUACAUUGCAGCUAUCAAAUGCCUCUGGUCCGACCCAGGGAUCCAGGAGGCCUAUGACCGCCGCCGAGAGUACCAGCUCUCUGACUCCACUAAAUAUUACCUUAGCGAUAUAGACCGUGUGACUACAGAGGGAUACGUUCCCACCCAGCAGGAUGUGCUGAGGGUCCGUGUUCCCACCACGGGUAUUAUAGAAUACCCGUUUGACCUGGAGAACGUCAUCUUCAGGAUGGUGGAUGUAGGGGGUCAGAGGUCAGAGAGGAGGAAGUGGAUUCACUGCUUUGAGAAUGUCACCUCCAUUAUGUUUCUGGUGGCGCUGAGUGAGUACGACCAGGUCCUGGUGGAGUCCGACAACGAGAACCGCAUGGAGGAGAGCAAAGCUUUGUUCAGGACUAUCAUUACCUACCCCUGGUUUCAAAACUCCUCUGUCAUCCUCUUCCUCAACAAGAAGGACCUGCUCGAGGAGAAGAUCUCCUACUCCCACCUGGUGGACUAUUUCCCAGAGUUUGAUGGCCCCCAGAGAGAUGCACAGGCAGCGCGAGAGUUCAUUCUCAAGAUGUUUGUGGACUUAAACCCAGACAGCGACAAGAUCAUCUACUCUCACUUCACCUGUGCCACGGACACUGAGAACAUCCGCUUUGUGUUUGCAGCUGUCAAAGACACCAUCCUACAGCUCAAUCUCAAAGAGUACAAUCUGGUGUGAGGGCCCACGUACGACGCACAGCUCCUCAACCACCAUUGCACAAACGCACACCUCUUUGGGAUUGUGCACUCAAGUUCACAUGCAUUACGCAGCACACCAUGCCCACAGACACACACGCAUACAUACAUACAUAUACACAUAUACACACACCUUUUCCCCAGUACACUACAUUCACAAAUCCUUCCAUCUGCAAACGCCACCCCUCCUCUUUCACCAAAGCUCGCCCUUUUCCUCGGUUGCUCGGCGGCUUGUUGUGUCAGAGUCCCUGCUCCUCCCCCACGCUGCUCUGUGGUUUAGAUUUGGCCCCAACUGCUGGCUCUGGCACACAAACCUUUCACACGGACUGUACAGUGACGAGCGUGUGUUUCUGUGUGUGUGUGUGUGUGAGUGUUUGUACGUGUGUGUGUGUGUCUGAGCAUUGACUAGCGAGGAGCUGUGUUUUGGUGAAUCGCAGCAUCAAACCCAUUUGGCCCUCUGGAGUAAUCCUCAGCAGUGUGAGAUCAGAUCCUUUCUGAGCUCCCAUCGGUGCGGAAGGAAGUAAAUACUGCAUCUCCUGAAACCAACUCAGAGGCACGGAGUGGCAUCAUGCUUCUGGGGACAGAGUGCCUCGGUCAGGAAGUGAGGUCGCACGCUGAACACAAGGGGACCAGCUGAGGAUUCUGUCUCCAUCUCGCAUCUAUGAAUGUACCCACCAGAGUGAGCAUUGCAAUCUAAAAAAAUAAAUAGAAUUAUAUAUUAAGAAGUACAUGAAUACGUAAACACACUUAGGACAAACAGCACGAGAGGGCAAACAUAGCUAAUCAAAAUCUGUUCAUUGCUGAGAUUUUUUAAAUGUUUUUAAUAAUAGAAAUUUGUUGCUGCGUCUACUUCUAUUUAACAAAUAACGGCUAAAAGGAAGGGUGAUAAGAAGUGGUAAGAAAAUCUAUAAAAACUCUAAAGAAAAGAAGCAACCAGAAAUUUACUUGACUUAAGUAUCCUUUAAAGAUUUCUUUUUUUUUUUUUAAUAUUUUCUUUUUAUAAAUAUAAAGUUAAUCACAUCGCUUCCCUCCUCCAGAUGUGUUCUGUAUGGAUUCACAGGGACAAUCUUCCAUGCGACGUUCACAGCAUCUGUUUCCACUGAUACACCCCCACAAGUCUUAUUACAAAACACCAGUAGCGGGUGAGAGGGCCCUACUUGCGAUACGGGCUCCUCCUUGAUUGGUGGGAGCAGAUGUGGAGGGGAGCGUGAUGUCAUCAGUGUUUAUCAGCCCACAGAGCACAUCUGCAGCUUGGUCUGCAAGUAGCUAAUUUAGCAAAGUAAAAGCUGUAAAUUAAACACGCCAGCACCCCGGGGUGUAAAUGGAAUCCAUGCGGUAACAUCUCUGAUGGCGUCACACCUGCGUCACUCAGCCGUCCAAUCAGACACACCUCCUGAUGGUGACACAUCAGGAUGUGCUUCUGUUUACUUUAGUGUUUUUUUUUUGUUUUUUUUACUGUAUAGUCACUUUGUUUAUAUAAAGAUUGCUUGCUGUUGAGUGGUGAGAGGAAGGGGGGGGCUAUGAACCUUUCACAGAAGACACACUCUAAAGUUUGCAAAUGUUUGUGUAUAUUCGUUUGUAAAUACAUAUACACAAAACACUCCUGUACAAAAACGCUCUGUGGUACACCAUCUUUGGCAACAAAAAAAAACAGCAAAAAAAAAAAAGUAUCAACUUCUUUCAUUAGCAUACAGUUUUUUUCCAAUGAAUUUAUGGUAGUAGUUAUGCUGUGAUUAUGGAUUUUGUUAACUUGAUUAAUAGGACUACACAGAGCUGAGUGGUGUUGAGGAAAUGAUCGGCAAGGAGCAAAAGUCAGAGAAAAGAGGGUCUUCCCAACCGGCCUCAUGACUCCGAACUACUGCUACAGCUCUGGCUCCAGAGUAUACUAACUAGGGCUGGUAUAAAAUCUUCACAGUAUGGUAACGAGAUGAUUUUAAGAGUAAUUAAAGAUUUCUUUUUUAUUUAUCUAAUUUAUGGACCAGGUUUGAAGGUGUUGAUAAUUUGACUGCUUUUGAUUCUGUCAUGUUGAAGUGCUCCUUUUCUCAUGGCGGAGCCUACUUGAGUCUGAACUGCUGUAAAAAAAA